AAUCGCAGAUAGCUGCAAUGAAUUUUGACAUGAAUUUUAAACGUUGGACAUUUAAAGACAGCUUAAUAUAAUAUUAUCUCCUAUAUAAUAAUGAAGAUAAUACGAAGCCUUCUUCCGAUGUUCCUUGCUAAAACUUUUUUCACAGAAUACUGCGGACAAGUCAGUUAGCACAUAACGUAACCCACAAUUUGAUUUUGAGUAAGAGUUCAUAUCCAAAAUCUUAUGAUUUGAACAAGGUGAAGUGAUGCGCACAACGUUUUUAUGAGAUUCUUCCGGUUCCCGCCCAAUAAUAAUCAUUAAAAAUCUAGGCAACCAUGAAUGUGGCAAAUCUAAUUCAACUAUGCAACACAGGAAACUUUAGGAGACGUACCCGUAAGCCGAAAACAGCUGACUUAUAUUAGAAUGACGUUAAUUCAAAUUACGAAUUUCUCAUUAUUAUAUUAUAUUUAAUCUCCAAGAUAAUGAAACAGGAAGAAAAAUAAUUCAUAUAAUCUUAUGGUAUAGGUAAAUCAGAGGAGAACUGAAUUUCAAACGAAAAAUAUCUUCAUUUUAUGGAUAAAAAUACAGAAAAAUCAAAUUUCUUCCUUCCCGGUUCCUCAAGAAUCCAAAAAAUUCAAUAUUCUGGAGCUAAUCAUUCCUUAGCGAAUUCUAAAUUUUCUGAAGAAGAUAGCUUCAUUGUAAAUAGGCAAUCUCUAGUAAAGAACAGGAAUACUAUAAACCCAAAUAAUACUUCAGAAGAUGGAACUGAUUGGAGUUGUAGGGGAAAUAAAUUUAUUGAAAGUUCCCAGAACUUAUGUGUUCCAUCGAGAGAAUUAUAUUUAUCUUGUACAUCAAGUAAGCACAUUUCUCCACGAAAAAAUAUCGACUUUUCUCAAUUAAAAAAAAAUAAUGCUGAAAAUGUGUCCCCAUAUUCAAAGUCAACAGUCAGGCGUAACAGAAAAAGAAGUGGAAAUAAGGAUAAUCAGCAAAUUUCUAUUGACAAACAUUUUCUUUUAUCAAAGGAUAUUGCAAAGAAACAAUUAUUGACUGAAAAUUCAAUGCAAAAUUCUAAAUUUCAUUCUAAACCAUUAAAUGAAUCAGAAAAAAAUAUUAAUGUUUCUGAAACAGAAAACAAUUACGAUGAGAUGGGGAAAAAUGAAUCUGAUUGCAAGUUCAAUAUGAAUAUUGCUCUGGAAUUAAGCUCAAAGGUUCUAAAUGUGGAUUCGAGAAGAUCUAAAUCCCAUAAAAAGAUUACAGACUAUUUUCCCCUUAAGAAAUCUAUUUAUCAAAAAUCAUCAACCACAGGAAUGAGAUCAAAAUGGAUUUCAAUUGAUUUGUUCGAACAAAAAGCAGUGUGUGAUGAAACACUUGAAAAAUCAAGUGAUGAAACUAAAAACGAAAAUGAUGAGAAAUGUCUAAAAUCCACUGAAUUUCUUCAGACUUAUUCAAAAUCUGAUUCAAUUUUCAGAGGGUUCAAAAAUAAUUGCAUGGAGAUAUCUGUUCCAGCUACUGAAUUGUUUAUUAAACGUAAUGUUUUGUGUGAUAGGUCAGAAGACAGAAAAAUAUCAAUGAAAAAGAGUUGCCUCAGUUCCAUGGAACAAUAUUCCUCUACCAAAAAAAUUCACAAGAAUUUGAACAAAAAAAAAUUUCUUACAGACAAUGAAGGAAUAAGGCAAAUUACUUCAUAUGAUAAUUUUCCUAAGAAAUACAAAAAAAUAUCGAUCAAAAAAAUUAAGUAUGAUGGCUAUAGCAAACAAAUUAAUAACACAAUUGAUGAUCGAGAUAUUGAACCUUUGCAAUGGGAUUAUAACAAAAGUGAUGAGAAUAAAAAAAUCAGCAGUCGAUCAUUAAUAUCUAAUCAUAAAGGAGAACAGAUUUUCGAAGAAAAUAUUUCUGAAUAUCGUUUCCCCUCAAGCCUGGAGGUCCCUGAGAUAUUAAAGGAUAAUCAAAUGGAAUCAAGCUCGUCUAAUAUAAUGAAUGAUUCGAACCAGUUGAAUUUUAUACAUGAUGAAUAUGAUUUCUCUUCAUUGCCUCAAAAUGUGAAUGCUAAUGGGGAAAUCAACCAAACAGAAAUUAACUGUAAUAUUCCUAAAGCUGAUUCGUUUCAAGAAAAAAUUCCGAGAAUUUCAACUCCUAAAAUUAUCAGUUCAAAGACAGAUGAAGAGGGUAAAAUUAAGAACUAUAUCAAUUACGAAUCCCCCAAUGAACAUUCUUUAUUGGUUACUAUCCAUGACAAUUUGAAAAGAAAAUGUUCAUCUUCACCAGAACCUCGACCAGAACAUAAAUUAGAAAACCAAAAAAUAGUCUGUGCAAUCCACACAAAUGAAAUUACACAAAAAUCAGAUGCUGGCAACUUCUGUGUGAAUAUAAAGAGUGCUAGGCAGGAUAAUGAUAGAAUUGAUAAAUUUCAGGUGAAAAUGAAAAGCAAUAGUCAAACCUCUGAAAUUAAUUCACCAUUCAACAUAGCUGAGAAUAAUAUAUGUGAAAAUGAUAACUUCUAUGGAAAUGUGGAAAAAAAAUAUAUUUCAAUAAAUACACAGAGUUCUAAGAUAGACAUAAAUGGUACUUAUGGAUAUAAUAAAGAAACAAUUCAAAAAAAUAACCAGAUGUCCAGAUGCAAAGCAGUACUACCAUUCACCACAUAUGAAUAUGAUAGUCUCGAAGGUGUAUCAAGUUCUAUUGUUAGAGAUCCAGAAUGUAGGCAGUAUUUGAAAGAUUUAAUUGAGAAAAAUAAUACCUCUGGAAAGCAGUUAUGUGAGAAACCACUGCAUACAUCUGGAAAUAUUAUAGAUGAUAUUUGGUCUUCUGACAAAAAUGUAGCGCAUUUUGAAGAAAAAAAUUUUCUGCAUUACUGGGAAAAUAUUUUAUCACAGAAUCAAGAAGAUUAUUCUCAAAACUUAAUAUACUAUAACAAUGAGUUGGGGUCACAAAGAGAUAUUCUAGAAAAAGAAAAAAUUUCACAAGAAGGUUCUGAAAUCUUUCAGUAUUUAUUGAGUCAAAAUUGUGUUGAAUCAGAUUCACUUAUGAAUAAUGCACUCAAGAACAUGAAUACAAUGAGUCAGAAGAUUACGCAGAAGAGGUGUUCAACUUUUGAGAGUAACAGCAAUUCUAACAAAUUGUUGGAAAUAGCUUUAAAUAUCUAUAGAGAACAAAUGGAAAAGUCUAUUUUAUUUAGAUCACAGUCAACACCGACUGUGAAAUCCUCAGAAUUCAAAGUUAUAAAAGAAAACGAGAACCAUAUAUAUCUUUAUAAGAUAAUUAGAAAUCAUAAUGCUGGAAUUUCUGAGAAUAUUGAUGAAGUUUUCGAAAACGAAUCAUCCACAUUGUGUAAUGAUUAUAUUUCCAUAAGAUCUGAAGCCGAUGAAAAAAUAUUAUUUGGUUUGAAAGCGAUAUGUGAAAAUAAAUCAUAUCUUUAUGCAAAGAUGGAUGAUGGUCCUCUCAGUUUAGUGAGAACUAGGCUUAAUGUUAUUAAUGAAAUAAAUAAUAUUUUCGAACAUAUUCUCAAUGAUUUGGAUGCACAGAAGUCACCAUAUUUGGAGAUUCCCCGACAAACAUUUGAUGACUGCAUGUUCAUGAAUGGCAGAUUGGAACUUAAAUCGAAAGAAAAUCUCAAAAUGAUAAGGGUAAAGUACAAAAGCACUGCUAGUCAAUUCAAAUUUUGUUUAAUGAUGUAUAUAUUGGCAAAAGUGCUCCAGGUUCUAGAGGCAAACUCAAAAAUAACACGAAGAGAACUUUAUUACCAAAUAAAGCAUUUGGUAUCAAACCAAGGCUAUAUUAAUCGAGCUGUAAGAGCAGUUAGUUGUAUGCUAUUUGUAGGACCAUGGGAUUUGAAUAUUAUAGCACACAAAGGAAUGGUUUUUGGAAAUUUGAAAAUUAUUAUGUCUUCAAAUGAAAUUGUGGACUGUAAUUUACCUGGUACUUUAAUACCACAAGAUACAGAUGAAAUUGUUGAGUUCAGGUCUCCAGCUUCCUUCGUUCUAGUGGUAGAGAAGGAAUCCAUAUUUUACAAGUUACUGGAAGAAAAUCUUCCCAAUAAACUCAUCAGGUCUUUUAUUAUGAUAACAGGAAAAGGCUUUCCAGAUCUAAACACUCAACUUUUUUUGAGGAAACUAUGGAUGGUAAUGUCCAUUCCAAUAUUGAUUUUCACAGAUGCUGAUCCUCAUGGUGUAAAUAUUAUGAUGACAUAUAGAUUUGGUUCUUUGGCUAAUGCUCAUUUAUCUCAUCAUCUUGCUAUUCCGAAGGCUCAAUGGCUUGGUGUAUUUCCAUCUGAGGUUGCGAAAUUAAAUGCAGAAAAACAAACUUUAACAGAAACUGAGAAGAGUGUAAUUCGAAAUUUAUUGAAAAGUCCUUAUAUGAAGUUAAAUAGUAAGAUUGAAGAGGAAUUAAAAAUCAUGCUUCAAUCUGGUUACAAAGCAGGAAUAGAAGGAAUAAUUAAAAAUAAUACAUUUCUGAGUGAAUUUUAUUUUCCAUUGAAAUUUUAUAACAAAGAUUUAAUAUAACUAGAGAUAUAAACACAUUGGAAACUCAGAUGUUAGACUACUAUAGUUUUCAAGAACAUUUGUGGUGAUAAAUUUUGAAUAAUAAAUAUAUUUAAAUUCAUAACAAAACUUUCAUUUCAAGUGGAAGUUACCAUAAAUGCAAAUUACCACUUGCAAACAAUUAUAACAAUAAUUUUUCUAUAAUUCAACAGUAGUUAAUAUUCCACUAUGAGAAUUCAUCAGUUCCAUCAACUUGGUAGGUUUUUAUGAGAGUUUCAACAGGGAUAUCAUCGGUUAUUAUGUUUUGUGGUGAGCAAAAGUUGAGGAUAUUAAUAUCAUCUUCAAUUUCCAAAGAGUGUUCGAUCAUAUUUUGAUCCUCCUCUUGUAGCUCUACCAUCUGAUCAUUAUAUAUUCGUUUGUUUUUGUUUA